AUACUUUAUUGGCCAAUCCUCUCUCUCUCCAAAUCUUUACGCCAUACAGGCUAUAAGAACUCCGUAACUUUCUCAAGUAUCAGAAAACAUUUCUUGUCUCGGGAUCCCAUGUAUGGAUACUUUAUUAUUGGUGUCUUCAAAGGCGGUGAAUCGAAGGCGCGACUGGAAUUAACCGUUAACUUGAUGCGAGGAUCAUUCGGACUGACUGUCGCUUGUCUGUCUACUAACUGAGGGGUGAUGUCUGAGGAAAUGACCGGGGAAGAGUCGAGCUCCCCAGGCUCUCCACUAGACAGUCUCAGCAACAGUGAGGGGGAACUGGAUAGGCAACCGAAGAGAUGUGGGAGGAAAAGGACAUCAAGCAGGAAAAACGGGGAGGAUUCAGAUAGCCCUACCCCUGGGAAAAGAGGGAAAAAGUCAAGCAGCAGCAGUCCACAUUCUUUCGAAGACCUACAGACGCAACGAGUCAUGGCGAACGUGCGCGAGCGGCAGAGGACGCAGUCACUCAACGAAGCUUUCUCGUCUUUGCGGAAAAUUAUCCCCACUUUGCCUUCAGACAAACUGAGCAAAAUACAAACCUUAAAACUUGCUGCCAGGUACAUCGAUUUCCUGUACCAAGUUCUACAGAGCGAUGAAUUGGACUCCAAAAUGGCAAGUUGUAGUUAUGUGGCUCAUGAGAGAUUAAGCUAUGCGUUUUCUGUAUGGAGGAUGGAGGGCGCUUGGUCCAUGUCAGCAUCUCACUAGCUCACGGCCGAAGAGCUGUAGUCCAAAAUGGUGACAGCUGAUUCUGCUUAUCAAUAUGACAACGGGGCAAUUCUGGAGAAUAAUGCUGGAAACACACAACGCUGCGGUUUAUGGGAGCAAACUUUGACAACCAUUUAAAACCAAAGAGGACAGGGCGUGGGGAGAGCACUUUGCCUGGGAAAGGCCCGCUUUUGGACGACCUGGAUCUGCAUUCGAGUGCUAGGCUACUACACUACUACAUUCUGAUAUACGUUAGUUUUUUUUUAUUGUUGACGACGAAUGUUACUUGGAAAUGUAUGUUUUCAUGCAUGUCUUUGACUCUGUGGACCGUAUUCUGUGGAGGUUAAAGGGCAGCAUCGACGCAUUUGUCUCAGUUUCCGUGUGAGACUUUCGAUGUGGACUGACUGCGGUAUUAUAGGCUAAUGGGUUGAAAUAAUGUGUCGCCAACCUGUGCAAAAAUAAUUGAGGUUAUUCUUUUCAGAAUACAUUUAUUUAUUUAUUGAUGACACGUGUUACAUGAGGAAUAGAUCUUAUGUCUGAAAUGCAUUCCUAUUUUUAUAUUGUUGUGUAAAUAAUUGUAUAUUUUCCGCAAUAAAGUAAAUGAUAAAACAAAAUGAU